AUGAAUGGGGCUCGCCUUUACCGCAGCGGCAUGUCGUCCGUGCUGGAGCGUAACAUUGCAAAGAAAUGCAAGCGUGGUCCAUCGGCGUACGGAUUAUCAUUCAUGAAUAUCACAACUCAGAGGCAUUUUAUCGGUUCUAUGAAAACUAACGAUGACAAGAAGCAAUAUCAAGAGAUCUUAGCAGAAGUGGCCUACUACUGCUGUACAGAAUGUAGCGAAUACAAGGUGAUCAGUAAAAAUCCUUUAUUUGGCACAAAAAAUUUGUUAUCAUCAAUUAGUGCUGUGCAGUACUUAACAACGAAGUACAGUCUCGCUAGCACUGUGACUGCCAACUCUACGUCGGCAGUGCUGCAAAUGCAGAUAAUCGUGGUUUGA